UUCUGCAACUUCCCCUCUCCUCCAUCCGCCGUCGCCGCCGCCGCCGUGGUUGUCGUUGCCGGGAUGGAUGUAAAACAACCCCAACCACCUCCUUCCACCGUCAAAAUCAGAAGAACCACCAGUUCCGACGGUAGUGGAUCUGGAUCUAUCAUUCUUGGGAAAUACCAAUUGGGUCGUCUAUUGGGUCGAGGUAGCUUUGCUAAAGUGUACCUUGGUCGUUGUUUAGAUGAUAAUACUGAAGUUGCUGUUAAAAUUAUUGAUAAAUCCAGUACUACCAUUGAUGCUUCUAUGGAGCCACGGAUUAUCCGUGAAGUCUCCGCCAUGCGCCGCCUUAAUCACCACCCGAAUAUCCUCGAACUUUUUGAAGUUAUGGCUACGAAAACUAAGAUCUAUUUCGUUAUGGAACUAGCUCACGGCGGUGAGCUUUUCACAAAGCUUAACCGCCGUGGCCGGUUUUCUGAAUCCACCGCUCGGUUUUACUUCCAUCAGCUUGUCUCCGCUUUACAUUUCUGCCACCAAAACGGCGUUGCUCAUCGUGAUAUCAAGCCACAAAAUCUCCUCCUAGACAAAGAGGGUCACCUCAAAAUCUCCGAUUUCGGACUCUCCGCCUUGCCGGAGCAGUUACAGAACGGUCUCCUUCAUACCGCGUGUGGUACGCCGGCGUAUACUGCUCCGGAGGUGGUUUACAGAAGAGGGUACGACGGAGCUAAGGCGGAUGCUUGGUCAUGUGGGGUUAUUCUCUUUGUGUUCCUCGCCGGUAGGUUACCGUUCAAUGAUAGCAAUUUGCCUAACAUGUAUAAAGCUAUACACCGGCGUGAGUAUCAGUUUCCCGAUUGGGUUUCAAAGUCAGCUCGGAGGAUAAUUAACCGGCUGCUUGAUCCUAAUCCGGAAACGAGAUACGGAAUUGAAGAGCUCAUGAACACUCUAUGGUUUAAGAAAUCAUUUUCGAUGAAACCAGAACAAAGCACGAAGCAAUUUGGCGAGGGGAUUUUGGAGAAAGAAAGCAAACACAUGGAGAGUAUAAAUGCAUUUGAUUUAAUUUCAAUGUCUUCAGGGUUGGAUUUAUCGGGGAUAUUUGAAGAAGAAUUGAACAAGAAGGAGAUGAGAUUUACGACGAGUGUAGAAGUAAACGUGAUAGAAGAGAAGGUGAUGAAUGUUGGUAAAAAUGCAGGAUACAGAGUAGAGAAAAGGAAGAAUGGUGGAAUUGGGUUGGUGAAAGGGAGAACUGUUUUGUUAGUUGAAAUCUUGGAGGUGGCAAAGGAAUUGUUGUUGGUGGAGUUCAAAGUCGUUAAUGGAGGAUCAGAAUUCGAGGAUCGUCAAUGGGAAGAACUGAAAGCUGGAUUGAAAGAAAUAGUUGUUUCAUGGUACAACAAUUAGUGAUCGAGAAGAAUUGAAAGUAGUAGUCAUUUCAAUGGUAUACCGAUGAGUGAUCGAUAUUGGUGGUGGUGGUGGACGGCGAUUUUGGCGGGUAAUGACGGUGGCCGGAGGCGUUGUAUAGAGGAAGUAGACAUCAUGGAUUCAUGUUUCAGGAUGUUUAGUUAGUAAACUAGGCUUACCAUUAUGAUGCUAUUUUAGUUUUUUUUGAAUUAUGUAAAUGGAUAUGAAAAUCAGUUUCUUGUUUUAGCUGAACAAUUUUUUAAUCAUUUUU